AUGGCGAUCACCAACAACAAAGAAGAUACAUGGGCCGAAGGCGCCGAGAAAUACAGGGGUCAGCGAUUGUUGCCCCACGUUAUUGAUUAUUAUGCCCACCACGAGCCCGAUCGGGUGUUUGCUUCCAUCUUCAAGACUGAUGGCGUCGACAAUGGAUUCGAAGAUGUUACGGUGCAAGCUGUGGCUAAUGCAGUGAACCACAUGGCAUGGUGGUUAAGUAAAAACUUGAAAGCCACGAGCAAACGACGAACUCUCGCGUAUAUUGGCCCAAGUGAUCUGCGGUAUACGAUCUUGUUUUUGGCGGCGAUCAAAUGCCGGUGGAAAACAUUUUUCUUCAGUUCGAGGAAUCCAAUCAUAUUGAAUCUUGGCCUCCUGCAACAGGCCGAUGUAUCCGCACUUCUCUUCUCAGAUACUUUACGGUCGCUCGCCAAAAGCUUCCAGAAAUUCGAUCCAUCUAUAUCUUGCAAACAGGUACCAACACUUUGGGAAAUAUUGAAGUCGCAAUCCAAGUCGUAUCCCUUUGAGGCGUCGUGGCAAGAUAUCAAAGAUGAAAAAUGCCUGCUCUUACAUUCAUCUGGGUCUACCGGACCCCCUAAGCUCAUCAACUAUACACAUGCGGCCAUAUCAUGCACAGAUAAUGACCCUAACGUCCCUGUUCCAGAUGGAAGACGCGCGCAAAACGCGUCAAUGUUUAAGUUUGAUUCCUCGAGUCGCUACUAUUCAUGUUUCCCAGCUUUCCAUCUGGCUGGUAUUCAAGCGUUUAUUCUUAUUCCGUCUUUCUAUCCAACUUCCACCGUUGUAAUGGGCCCGCCAUAUGGAGCACCUAGUGGUACUCUAUUAGAUGCCAUUAUGGAACAGCAAAAUGUUCGAGCACUCUGGUUGCCGCCAACAGUACUUGAGCAAUGGCUUGGCGAGCCGUCCUCCUUGAGAAAGGCAGAAUCUCUCGAUUUUGUGAUAUACGGUGGAGGCAUCAUGCCCAAGGCUGUCGGCGACAGACUAAAUAAAGUGACAGACGUUUGUCAAGUCUACGGCUCCCUUGAAAUGAGUCAAAUUCAAAUGCUGCUUCCUUAUCGAGGUGAGUGGCAGUACUUAGAACCCAACCCCGCAGAGGAAUGUGACAUGCAGGAGGUGGACGAAGGCAUCUACGAAAUGGUUUUGCACAACGAUGAAAAAUUUCGUGGACGGCGAACACUCUCACAUACAUUUCCCGACGUGAAGACAUGGCGAUCCAGAGAUCUUUUUGUCCCUCAUCCAACGAAACCUGGUCUUUGGAGCUUCCACUCUCGCACAGACGAUAUUAUCGUACUUGCGAAUGAUCAGAAGGUUUGGCCUAUCCCCAUGGAAAAUAUUAUUUCCAGUAAUCCAUUAGUUGCUGGAGCCCUCAUUGUUGGAAAUGAUCGUCCAGAGGUAAUGCUUCUCGUUGAACCAAGGGCUGCCCCCGAAGUGGACCGCAUGAGCAAGAAAGAGUUCCUUGACGCCAUCUGGCCACACAUUGCAAAGGCCAACAGUAUUGCGCCUGCUCAUGGCAAAGUUAGACGGUCGCGAAUUGCUUUUAGCCAACCGAAUCUAGGAUUUUUCCGAUCGCCUAAGGGUACAAUAUCACGGAAACCGACGGAAUCGCUGUACGCUGAAUAUAUCACCUCCGCUUUCGUAGACGGCACGACUGAUGAACAGAGUGAACUCGGAAUACUGGAAAACUACUGGACCGACGAAGCGAAGAGAUUUAUCGGAUCUGUUGUUCAUGAUAUUCGGCCCGAUGUGAGACUCAGAGAAACAGACGAUUUCUUCAUUGCUAGUUCGAUGGAUUCUCUGGCAGUACUAGAGCUUGGACAAAAGCUAAAGCUUGGCCUUUCCCGUCGCAUGGAUAAGGAAAAGAAUACCAUCGACUUCUGGAUGCGAACCAUUUUUGACAAUCCCACCAUAGAGGACCUAGCGACCGCGACACUUGAUGCGGUUUUUGAAAAGAGCGGGACAGGGGAAUCUCAAAUUCCCCAUGGAGUGGACGGUUACGUGGAAGAAAUGAUAUCUCAGCUUCCGGAGCCUAGAUGGACCGACCCACCCAAGCCACUCAAAACGGAAGAUCUCAAGGUGGUGGUGAUAGGAUGCCGGGGACGCCUUGGCCCUUACAUGGUGCAAAGCUUGCUGAACGAUGACCGAGUGACAGAGAUCAAAUGCCUGGAUCGCGGAUCAAACGGUCAAAAGCUUUUCGAGGCUUGUGUGGAUGAAAUGAAAAUGGAUAUUGACUCCAGGGAUCCGCGGCUACAAUUCGUCUCUAUUGAUCUUUCCAAGCCGAAUCUCGGCAUACCCGACAGAGAUCUAGAAGACAUCUAUCAACACGCCGACGUUCUAAUCCACAGUGCAUGGUCAGUACAUUACGGCUUAUCAUUAGCAACGUUUGCGCCCCAAAUCCUGAGAAGUGUGGCAUCGACCAUUGAAAUUGCAAAUUGCGCAGACUCUCGUCCGCGCGUAGUCUUCAUCUCAAGCAUCACUAGUGUCCAUAGGUGGGGCAAGGCCAUCUCGCCGAUUGUCCCUGUCCCCGAGGAAGUUAUCAACUGCUCUGGAGUUUCAAUGGCAACAGGCUAUGGACAAUCAAAACAAGUCGCGGAAAGAUACCUCGCUACUGCAGGUGCCAAGCUUCAAGUCCCUAUCUCAAUACUACGAAUUGGUCAACUCACAGGCCCCACUGAGCUCCCAGAAGGUGGAAAAUGGGAGAGUCACGACUGGCUGCACUCGCUAUCCAUUCUUUCAAAGGCUAGUGGGCUUGUUCCCACGCAUCCAGGUCCAUUCAACUGGAUACCGGUAGACCAAGUAGCGGACGUCAUCCAAGAAAUUUCGCUUCGCGAGGCCCACGACGACUACCAAACAGGCACGCCCAACGUGCAGCUAUACAAUAUUGUUCAUCCCCAACCAAGCCCGACAUCGAAGUUCUCGGAUGUACUACAGAUGUACAUUUCCUCGCCACGAGUGGUGCAAUACUCAGAAUGGGUGGAGUAUAUGUUAAAUCUUCUUCCGAACAAAUUAUCCAAGGAAGCUGAGGAUGAGAAGAACCGCGUCCUCCCUUGGUUCAGAACUAUUAUCGAUGAGGGUUUUGCUCGAUUUGCUAUUGAAAAGACCAAGGCUGCCAGCCCAACCUUUGCUACAAUGAAGCCUAUUGAGGCUGAGUCGAUUGAGAAAUGGUGUCGACAAUGGACAGAGAGUAAAGUCUAA